AUGGCCGCGCCGCCGCCGGGACGAUGCGGACGGGUGGAACAAUUUAUUAAUAACGCGUGGGUGCGCGCGCCGCAGGCUGCGGCGCAGGCGCAGGCGCUCGGCGGUGCCGCGAGGACGCUGCCGGUGGUGAACCCGCACGACAAUAAAAACAUCGGUGCCGUCGGUGCGGGCGAUCGCGCGAUGAUCGACGACGCGGUGCGGGCGGCGCGCAAGGGAUAUAAGGUGUGGAGCGCCACGCCGGGGCGCGAAAGGUCGCGGGUGCUGCGGGGGAUUGCGAGAGGGAUCGAACGGCGGAAACGCGCGCUCGCCGAGCUGGAGACGCUGGACGCGGGGAAGCCGAUCGAGGAGAGCGAGUGGGAUAUCGAUGAUGUCAGCGCGUGCUUUGAUUAUUACGCCGAUCGGUGCGAUGAAGUGUUCGGGGAUAAGGCGUACGCGGAGGAGGAUGUGAAGUUACCCAUGGACGAGUUCGCGGGACGGUUGCGACGCGAGGCGCUGGGGGUGAUCGGUUUGAUCACGCCUUGGAACUAUCCGUUGCUCAUGGCGACGUGGAAAGUCGCGCCCGCGCUCGCGAGUGGAUGUGCGGUGGUGCUGAAACCGAGUGAGCUCGCGAGCUUGACGUGUCAGGUGUUGGGGGACGUGUGCGUCGAAGCAGGGUUGCCGCCGGGGGCGUUCAACGUAGUCACGGGGCGAGGCGACGAGGCUGGCGCUGCGCUGUGCGCACACAAGGGUGUGGAUAAAAUAUCGUUCACUGGCUCGUUGCAAACCGGCCGCAUCAUCAUGAGCGCGUGCGCGAAAGAUGUCAAGCCCGUAUCGUUGGAAUUGGGCGGCAAGAGCGCGUUGGUCAUUUUCGACGACUGCGAUUUGGAAAAGGCGGUGGAGUGGGCUCUGUUUGGGUGUUUCUGGACGAAUGGUCAGAUCUGCAGCGCGACGUCGCGCGUCUUCAUUCACGAGCGCAUUCGAGAGAAGUUCUUAGCGCGUCUCAAGGAGGCUGCGGAAGCCAUUCCGUACGGCAACCCACUCGUCAAGGGGUGUCGCCUCGGCCCGCUCGUGAGCGAAGGGCAGUACAAAAAGGUGAUGAAAAUGGUCGAACGCGCGAAGCGCAAGGGAUACACGCUUUUGACGGGCGGCAAGAAACCGAGCGAUCCGGACUGUCGAGAGGGGUUCUAUCUCGAACCCACGGUAUUCGUCGACGUCCCUAUGGAUGCGGAAGUGUGGCGAGAAGAAAUUUUUGGCCCGGUGAUGUGCGUCAAGACGUUCGCCUCUGAAACGGAAGUCGUGGCGAUGGCGAACGAUUCCGAUUACGCCUUAGCCGCGGCGGUGAUCACAGACGACUUAGCGCGACGCGAGCGUAUGACUGCCGCGUUUGACACCGGGAUCGUGUGGGUGAAUUGCUCGCAACCCUGCUUCGCUCAGCUCCCGUGGGGCGGUCGCAAGCGAAGCGGAUUCGGUCGCGACCUCGGCGCGAACGGCAUGGACAAGUACUUGCACCAAAAGCAAGUCGUCACCUACGUGUCCGAAGACCCGUUCGCGUGGUACCCCAUGUUCGACGCCAAGCCGAACAGCAAGCUGUAGCGCGUGUACUAUCGUCGUCGAUGAGUGAAUGAAUAAAUAUGUAUUUCAAGAUUUCAACGCGAGCGUCGAGCGCUCCUUCGCCCUCCGGCGACUCAACUCGUUCGUCUCGACGCCUCACGGCGGCAACGCCGCGGUAAUUUGCACCUCAACCAACAAUUCAGGUCGCGCCAACUCGCUCUGCACGCACGCCCGCGUGGGUUUAUUAUCCGGAUCGAUCCACGCGUUGUACACGGCGUUGAACUCGGGCGCGUCUUUGAUGUCCCGCAGCCAGCACAUCGAGGUCAAUAUUCGCGACUUAUCCGUCCCCGCCAUCGCGAGCAGUUUGUCAAACUUUUCCAGCGUUUCGAUCGUUUGUUCUC